AUGGGUGUUUGGCAAUGGUACAAAGGCCUUGCGCCCAAGACCAGGAUGAUCAUGGGUGUCGGCAUCAUGGCAUACGCAGGCUUUGGCCUCCUAAUAUCGGACGAGAUCGAACAACGCUUCGGAAUGACACCGACCGAACAAGACUACGAGGAAGUUCGCAGACUGGUGCCUAAGAUUAGCACCGUCGAGAAAGGCCAGCGUUGA